AAUGGAGAAGAGCAGGAGACACAUGACUGAGAGGAUAUUGGACCUCACUCUGGAGAUCAUCUACCUGCUAAUUGGAGAGCCUUCUCGGUAUGUCACAAAGAUGUAGCAGAAAACAGAGCCCAAAGAUGGAGCUUCCGAUUCACUCACUAAUAUCUGAGAUAAACAACAACAAGAUCCUAGAAGUCGCCCAGAAGAUCAUUGAGCUGCUGAUGGGAGAGGUAAGCGGUGCCGGGAAUUCUGGGACAUUCUCCUGUAACAGACAAGGGAUGUGUCUGGAUGACGACUGUAUCAUUGUGUGUAUCAGGUUCCUA